UAUCCAACAUGGAUGCAAAAGCGUUUCAACAGCAAUAUAACUUAGCUGUUCGUAAGCUUGAUGCGUUUUUGUUUAAGGUAUCUGAUGGAGUAUCGCUACAAGAGAGUGACACUUUUGAGGUCGUGCUCAGUACUUUACAUUGUGCUUUAUAUGUUCGAGAACAGGCUAGAAAAGAGAACAAGGUUGUCGAUUUUAAUGAAAAAAAAAAAAUUUCUACAGAGUGGUUUCAACAAGUCAACGAAGGAUUAGUGGAACGUUUUAUGUCGUUAACAUGGUCAGGAAAUCCAUUUUGUCAGCGCCUAGCUUUGACUAUUUUCUUUGAUCUUUUACAUGUUGACUUACUUGGCUGGAUUGAAGGUUGUACGCGUUUUAUGCCUGAUUUGCUUCAGAGCUCCAAUCCCCUCAGUGUGUAUUACGCCCUCAACUAUGGACUCGUUCGUUACCUUUCUGUUCUCGAGUCUUACCUAAAGAAAAAUAGUAAUACAAUUUUACCUAUGAACUCACUUGAGAUUUUCACAAACAUUCUUUUAGUCUUUGUAAGAGAAAUUCAAAAAUUGUUGAUUGGAGCUCACAUAAGUAGUGACGUUGAACCCGUGAUGGAGACAAAAAUUAGCAAUUUAUCAAAUGAUUCAUACACUUUAUCCAUCAAUUCUUUAAUUUCUUCUAAUGUUGGUUUAAAAAUUGUAAAACAAAUUUCAAUUUUUCUCCAGCGAACGAUUUGUCUACAACGUUUUCAAAUUGAUAAUUUUCCCAAAAAUUACAACCAAGUCGCAAUAUCUUGUUUAAAUACAAUAAUCCAUUUACUCAUUUAUCCGCUAGGCGCUCAAAGAACAAGUCAUUAUAUAAUUAUCAUUGAGUCCUUGUGUGAUAUUAUUUUGAUGAAAACGCUUCAAAUUCGAUUGUUAAUGUCUUGUUUAAAAACGUUUGGCUUUCUAUGCUUAUGUGUUUCACUUCCGUAUAAUGAUGGUGAAUGUUAUCUGUUGAAUCCAUUAGUUUUAAAGAAACAUUCGCAGACUGCUCCAAUGGUCGUCGAGAUGUUAAAGGAUUGGAUUGUUUUUUUUGAAAAAAAAAAAAAAUAUAAAAGACGAUCCAUUCUCGAGUUUUGUUCUAAUGCCAAUAGACGGAAUCCGUUGCGUGUCAUUAUGGGUUUACAAAUUAUGAAACUAUUAGCCUCGACUCCUACUAAGAAUGAUCUUUUGUCGGAUCUAUUUUUAUUUCAAUGCAUGUCCCUUUUAAGCGACAUGGUUUCUUCAACUUUCUUUUCAAUUUCAUCUCUUCGCCAUCAAGCUGAGAGCCUUUACAUAUCUGGUUUAUUCAAGACGUCCAUUCUGGAUGUGAAGCUUCCCGUUAACACGGUGGCUUUAUCCACUUCCGAAUGCCACGAUCAAUCAAUAUGCUUUGACGACGGAGAGGGCUUCACCGAGCAAUUCGGACUACCUUGUAAAAAAAAAAAUAUUGACGUUGUCGCUUGGUUAACAAGUGUUAAAAGUCAUGAAGAUGUUGUGGAAUUAAUUAUGAAAAAUUUUUUAAAAAAACUUGAUAAUUCCUCAAUAAGAUAUGUCGAUGAAAUCACUCCUUUAGACAGUCACCCUGCAUAUGUUACCACUGUAAAUGAUACAAAUGUUGUGGUUGCGGCACCCGUGGAAAUUUCAUUGACGGAAGGAUUUCAAAAUCCUGGUGGUGCACUUGAAGUAUCCCUACAUCAACUCAAAUCCACCGUAAGUAAAGAACUCGAGGCACUGUAUAAGGAGGAGAAAUGUCAAUCUCUCCCUGAAAACAAAAUCAAUAUAGAACAGCCAGAUUUAAACAUGGUAGAUUUUAAAAUUUCACUUGAUGACAUUCUAACAUCACCAAAGACUGAAAAGAUGAUAGUAUGUACACCUCUAUCAUUCAUUAAAAAACAUCAAGAAGCACCAAACCCAGCCGUCCCUUCCUGCUACUGUUGA